AAAAAAGACAUGGAAAUCCAAACGCCCUUCUGCUCGGGAUUCAUCGAAUACUGAGAUGGAAAACUCCCAGGACAGUUCUCUCUCUUUUACAGAGAGAACCCCCUCCUCAGAAGUAACAUCAAGCGAAGAAGGAUGCGACGAGGCGGGGGUG